ACGAGCUUGUCGCUUUUUGGGAGGUGCUUCCUGACUAUGACAAGGAAAGGUCAGUGUAUCCUCCACGUCAUCAGGACAGACUAACCGCCGGGCGAUUCAAGGCCACAAAAUAUACCUCGGGCACUCCUGGCGUAGAGAGUCUUAAAAGGUAAGAGGUGUUUGAAUCAUUUAGAGAGAAUGCUACUGACAAUUUGCCAAACUAAAGAACACUUGUCCUUAUCAGCCUGAACUCACUGAAAUGUUCGUGUUUUAUAGGUGUCUCUUGGGAGAGACUACCGGACCUGCGCAGUGGCCAGAUGAUCGCAGGGUUGUGGAAGCAGUCUGCCGGCAGUUGUGCGACCUGUACCCGUCUUCUGUACAGACCAAGGGGGUGCGGGUCGAAAGGUGGGCGCUGAUCCUUCAAGACUACCACAGCAUAAGGCAGCUAGUCCUAAACGCUCCGACGCUGAUGAGCAGGACUACGCUGCAGCUGUUUGAAAUAAAUCGGCGAACUCUUAUGCAGUGGUUCAACAAACGUCAGAAGGCCCAGGAGCGUGCUGUUCUUCUUCAGGGGGUGGAGCGACCGAGUGCCAGCGCUGUGGCCCAGGAUCCACUCCCUCUCCCGCGCGAGCAGCCCUUACAGCCCCCCACCUUUGCAUUCCAGCCCUUCACCUUCGCCUCUCCGCCGAACACAGCCGGACAGGCGGUGAGGCGCCGUCAGAAGACAGAGAUGCCACAACCGCCUCAAGCUCCCGGUGCUCGCCUCAUCCUUCCUGCUGCCUCUGCGUCUCAGACACAGCCUGUCUGUAUAUUUAUUUCACCGCCCACUUCAUCGCAUAUUCCGGUACCAGCGUUUCAGCCAGUCCAGCACACCGUUCAGCCGCCCACGGCAGUGACUGGAGCAGCAGCAGCAGCACAGGUUGAACGCGUUCCAGCAACCACAGCCUGGUACCGAAAGAAGACUGAGGACACCCAGAGGCGGAAAUAUGAGCGUUCUAGCGAGGCUAACUUGUGCUCUAAGUGUGGUCAACCCAAACAAAAAGAAUUUGGCCACAGCAGGUUUGGCAGCGAGACCUUUUGUGCUGCAAACUCAUCGCUAACUGUGGACCAGUGGUUGGCACAGAUGAGGCUAAAACACAAGAAGUAACAUUUUAGAAUUUAAUGUCUUCUGCCUCGAGCAUUUUUCACUGUUUUUUUUUUUUUAAUUUUGUUCAAUUUAAUUAAUUGUUUUAUGCUGCACUUUGCAGAAUUUUCCUGUUUGUUCUGAUAUAGAUGAUUGUAUUAUAAUACUGCACUGUUUACAUUGAGCACAGUUUUCCUGUUUGUGUUGAUUAUAAUUGAUUGUUUUAUAAUACUGCACUGUUUUAUUGUGCAGAGUGUUCCUGUUUGUAUUGAUUAUAAUUGUUUUAUAAUACUGCACUGUUUUAUUGUGCAGAG